UUCCCUCCCUCUGUCCUUCCUGUGAUCCCCCAUCUGGAGGGAGUGAGGUUCCCCUGCACCCGGGACAAUAGCACCGAGAGACAACAGUGUCUACCCAACACCCAGGCUGGACGGAGGGAGGGAGUGCAGGAGAGCACAUGACAAUGAGUGUAGGUGUGGUGCUGGUGUUGGUGUGUCUGUGGGGUGCUGCCUUCACUGCUAUACACACUCCACAACGUGCACAUGGAAGAAAUCUGGAGGGAGAAUUCCUGGAGGAUGCACUUGGGAAUUGGCUGGCCCAGUUUGACACCUACACGUUCAUGGUAAAUCCUGGUGUUAACAGCAGUAGUGAUCUGGAGAGUGAUGAAAAUGUAGUCCCUGAAGCAGAUACUGAAGAGACAACUGCUACGGAGGAUGAGCAAUCAUCGUUUGCACCCAUCUCUGUGUCUCUGGAUGAAAAAGGUCUUUUGAAUCCUGACAUUGAUUACCAAGUGUUAGUGGAAUCUCUGGUGGCAGAAGAAGGUUCAGUGUUCCUCACUCUCAGCAAAUAUGCCAGCAAGUCUUCCUGUGGAGUGGGUGGAUUUUCCAAAGGAUCCACGAUGAACCUUACCAAGGGUCAGUGGGACAUUGAACAUCAAGUAAAUAACCUUAAUACGUCCAUCAUUGAAUUUUCUGACUCGGAGAGCACUUCCAGUUCCCCUAGUCUUAGUUCUUGGGAAAAGAUCAGUGAUGAUUUCUGGUGGGUUCAGGGACGGUUGGUGGGUGGCGGGGUGCUGGCUCUCACUUUCACACCUCCAGAGUGUGGCUGUCUCACUAUGAGCACCUACUAUGCCCUUCCUGUGGGGACCCUAACCCUGGUAGUGGGUCCUCAGAUCUACCCCAAGGAGCUCCAAGCACUGGUCUGUGUUGACCCUUCUGCUAAGUAUCAGGAGAAUGAUGAAGAAGAGGAAGAUGAAGAACAUGACGUAGGGGAGAGCGAAGACUCGACUGAAGAAAAUAAUCAGGUGGAUGAGCAAGACAUCUUAAGCAGCUGGGUGAGAGACAAUGGAAAUGAGGAUGACGAUAGUGUACCUGGCAGUGUGAAGAUGGGAAGAAGGCAGAAAAAUAGAAAGGCAAGGAAGGAGGCAAGACGCCUAGAGAGGAAGAGGAGGAUGCAAGAGAACCGGCAAAGGAUUCGGCAAGCUGGCAGACGUAAAGUUCACCAGCAAUUGAACCAGGAGAAACAAAGGAAUAAUCGACGGUUGAACCGCAGAAGAAACAGACAAAAUGGCCGACUUUCAAAGAAUUCAUGGAAAAAGCUCAGGAAGCAUCGGCAAAAAAAAAACUGGAAGCACCAGAAUGAAACAUCAGCACAAGCUGGCAACAGCACAGCUCUACAUAUGGAUGGUGGUAAUGGAGAUCUAAACUCAACAGUCCCCCAGCUAGAGCAAGACAGACUGAUAGACAUUCUCCUGGGAGCUACUCCUGACAGCAGUGAGGUGGAAGACAGUCCUAGCAGUGUGGAAGACCCGUCGGCAGAGGAAAGCAGUGUGCCAGCUGACGUGGAAGGAGAAAAUCAGACAUCUCGCAGAAAGAACAGGAGACAAAAGAAAAUGAGACGCAGAGAUAAAAAGAAGAUUCAUCAUCCAGGGAUAAAGUUUUGCUGCAAGCAGGGAGUCAAGCACAAAAAAUAUCAAAUUAUACUCAAUACCUCAGUAGAAGAGGGAGAUGUACCCAGGACCUCAUGCAACACUACAAGUGAAAUCGUAACAACAUUUGCCAAUCAUCAGUUUGCAAUAGGAGAAGAGAGUUGCAAAUCAACUUUUGUAUCCUGUUGUUCCAAGUUCACAGCUGACAUGUGGAAUGCUAUUAAAAAUAAAAAGCAAACACGCAGGAUGCAACGAAAGGAGCGCCGGAAAGAGCGCCGUCAUCAGCAGAAGCAGAAACGAAAAGAACAGCGGAAAGAGAUAAGAAGGCAACGCAAGGAACAGAGGAGACGAAAUCGUUUGCAUAAUGAGGAACCUGAAGUGGAGGAAGAUGAAACAACAACCUUGAGUAGUAACAGUUUUCCGGCGACUUAAAAAGUAGAAUAAAAAAAGCAAAUAAGGGACUUAUUCCAAUGAUACUGUAUGUAGAGAACAUUGCUGAAGUAGAGCAAAUAUUUUUUGUUAGAUAACAUCCCUAGUUACUAUUUUUCUCACAUAAUAAAGAAUGCAUGUUGCCAGUUUGAGGCACAGUGCUGACAAGUGGUGAUAAAGACACUAAUUGCAGUGAAGUCCCACAGGUGUAGUUUUUCUAGUACAUAUAUGGGGAUAUUUGCCUUUUUGAACUAGUACUGGCAUCCCUCUGGCAAGACAGUGAUGGUGAAAGUGUUUUCUUAUGUUUUCAGUUGCCCUACCUUGGUGGGAGGUGGCCAGUUUGUUGAAAAAAUGCUUGAAAAGCCCACCUGUGGGUGAAACAUUGUAGGACUUCACUGAAGUUAGUAUCUUUAUUACCAAAGAGUAUAUGUAAUAACACUUGCAAUCAAACAUAGGUUAAUACACUGGGUUCAUUAAAAAUUAUAAGCUUUCCAAGACAGUCUUCAUUAUAUCCCUAACAAAAAUAAAUUUUCUUGGUAUGUCAAUUCUUUAUUUGAAAUAUAAAAAUUAUAACUACAGUAAAAUACAUGGAGAAAAUAGCGUGCUUCAACACAGUUACACUUUAUAUAUUUAAUAGUUUGUGGCAAGAAAUACUUUGUUAUAGUAAGCUAGGAUGUGUGAAAACUGAUAGGUAUUUGAACACAUUUUUGUAACCCUUGUGAUAAAAAUAUAUGAUUAUAAAAUUA